CUAUUUCCAACUGUUAUCCUCUUUGUUUUCUUCUCCUUCAUUUUUCUAUUGGUUCACACCCUCUGAUUCUCUCUCUCCAAAAACAAUUUCUUCCAUUUCUUCCAAUUCCAAUCUUUUCAAGAUAAACCCAGUUACAGAAUCUCAACUGAAACCCAAUUACAUUGUGUAAUCGCCGCCGGAAUAAUGGCCGGAAUUGUCGCCGGCGACAGCGACAGUGCUCCGGCUUUAGCUCUACUCGACUUUGUUCGCGAUGUUGUUCGAAUGUCGGUGGGGACGAACACUGGCGAGGUUUUCAAGAAGGAUUGCACCGAUCUGGUUCGUCGGAUCGUGCUUUUGACGCAUUUGUUUGAGGAAAUAAGGGACUUCAAUGGCGUCCAAUUUCGACCUGUUGAUGCAUCUCCUUCGUCUUCUUCUUCUGGUGGUGCCGUUACUGUUAGGGAUUCGUCUCAGUUUCCAUGGCUUUGUGAUUUAGUAGCGGCAUUAAAGGAUACUAAACGCCUCGUCUUCAUAGCUUCGACUUUCCGGUCUUGCCGUUCUUCUUCUGAAGAAGUUGCCAAGAAGAUACUGUUUCAAUUCCAAUGUGUGACAUGGAAGUUAGAGAAGGCAUUAGGCAAUCUUCCUUAUGAUCGCCUUGAUAUAUCAGAGGAAGUUCAAGAACAGGUUGAAUUAGUGAGAGCUCAAUUGAGAAGAGCAGCAGAAAAAUAUGGGUCUUUGACUGCAAUUCCACCAUCUGUUGUUCAAUCUCAGUUGUUGAAGAAAAAUGUGGAUCUGUUAAAUUUGAACAACCGGGUUGAUAACUUUGAUGUUGAGGAGAAUGGUAUUGUUGAUCAUGAGAUUACAGUGAAAUUUGAUGCAUUUCCAAAUUGUAGAGGGUUAAUGAAUGGUGGUGUGGAUCAAUUGACUUUUAAAGGACCUGAGAAACUUCCAUCCUCUUCAGAGGCUUGUUCUGAUGGACAGGAUGACUCUGCUAGAAAGAGUGGAGAUCAGGGGAAGAACCCAGAUGGAGUUUCAAUACCUGAUGAUUUUUUAUGCCCCAUAUCAUUGGAAAUAAUGAGAGAUCCUGUUAUUGUCUCCACAGGCCAGACUUAUGAGAGAUCUUAUGUACAAAGAUGGAUAGAUUGUGGGAAUACUACUUGUCCCAAAACUCAGCAGAAGCUCCAGAAUUUGACUCUCACCCCAAAUUACGUGUUGCGAAGUCUCAUUAGUCAAUGGUGUGUGAAUCACAAUAUCGAGCAACCUACGGGAUUAACCAAUGGGAAGAUCAAAAAGUGCGACGGAUCAUACCGUGAUGUGUGCGAGGAGAUGGCAGCCAUUGAAACUCUGGUCCGCAAGCUAACUAGCCAUGCAAUCGAAGAGCAGAGAGCAUCUGUGACCGAACUUCGAUCUCUAUCGAAAAGAAGCACGGAUAAUAGAAUACUGAUAGCUGAAGCAGGAGCAAUUCCUGCAUUGGUUAAUCUAUUAACUUCUGAUGAUGUUUUAAUACAAGAAAAUGCAGUUACUUCCAUUCUAAACCUUUCAAUAUAUGAGAACAACAAGGGAUUAAUUAUGCUUGCUGGUGCAGUACCUUCCAUUGUUCAAGUUCUUAGAGUUGGAAGUAUGGAAGCAAGAGAAAAUGCAGCAGCAACACUUUUUAGCUUGUCUCUUGCUGAUGAAAAUAGGAUAAUCAUUGGUGCUUCUGGUGCUAUUCCAGCUCUUGUGGAUUUACUUGAAAAUGGAAGCUCAAGAGGAAAGAAGGAUGCUGCAACAGCACUAUUUAAUUUGUGCAUUUAUCAGGGGAACAAGGGAAGAGCUGUGAGGGCAGGGAUCAUUCCAGCUCUAUUAAAGAUGCUUACGGACUCCGUUAACAACAUGAUCGACGAAGCUCUCACAAUAAUGUCGGUCCUGGCCAGCCAUCAAGAAGCAAAAGUAGCCAUGGUGAAAGCCAGUACCAUUCCUGUUCUAAUAGACCUUCUAAGGACCGGAUUGUCUCGCAACAAAGAAAAUGCUGCUGCUAUUUUGCUUGCUUUAUGUAAGCGAGAUACCGAAAAUCUUUCUUGUAUAAGUAGGCUCGGUGCUGUGAUUCCACUGACGGAGCUUGCCAAGAGUGGCACGGAGAGAGCGAAAAGGAAGGCUACUUCAUUGUUGGAGCAUCUUCGAAAACUGCAGCAGCUAUAGAAAAGGUGUGGAUUUGUCAACAAUCAUUUUCCAUAUUUCUUUUUCUUCCAACUUUUUUGAGUACUUUUGACAAUUAAUUUUUCAAUUCAUUCUCUUUGCUUGUGAUAACAAAGAAUUAGGGAUGGAUGGCUAAUGAAGGCCACACUCCUUGAAUCUGUGUACUUCAUUCCUUCAUUAUAUUGUACAAGUGUGUAUAAAUUCAUUUACUGACUUUCUUAACAAAUUUUUCUGUUAUAACCAAAAAGAAAGUACUGUUUGGGAAUA